AUGGCACAUCAGAACGAGUUCUACCUAAUGGAUUCUGCACCCUACUUCUUUGAUGAGGCCCUUAGAAUAGGUCACAGAGAGUACAUACCAACAGAACCGGAUGUCCUCCGAGCACGAACUAAAACAACUGGUAUCUACGAGACCAGAUUUUCGAUGGGUCAAUUAAGCAUACACAUGUUCGAUGUUGGCGGCCAAAGAAGUGAGCGGAAAAAAUGGAUACAUUGCUUUGAAACCGUCACGUCAAUUAUCUUUUGCGUUGCGCUGAGUGAGUACGAUCAAGUAUUGCUAGAAGAAUCAAACCAGAACCGGAUGAUGGAAAGUCUGGUUCUCUUUGAUUCCGUCGUGAAUAGUCGAUGGUUCGUCCGUACAAGUAUCAUCUUAUUCCUAAAUAAGGUGGAUUUAUUCAAGCAAAAGCUAGCUCGGAGUCCGCUUUCAAAUUACUUUCCUGAUUACUCUGGAGGCAAUGAUGUGACCAGAGCCGCUAAAUAUCUACUUUGGCGAUUUAAUCAAGUCAACCGUGCUCAUCUCAAUUUAUAUCCUCACCUUACCCAAGCAACCGAUACAUCGAAUAUCCGUCUAUUACCGCGUGGGGAUAGUUUAGUUUGA